AUGCCCUGCCUCCACAACCACCACCAACCCCCCGUGCUUCACUCCCGUGGCUCUCACGACGGCGAAAUAUCCUCCCCCGCAGCCACCGGCCUCGCCGUUGGCCUGAUUCUCGUCGGCCUCGUCGUCGCCGUCCUGCUCUACUUCUGGUGCUGGCGCCAGCAAGAACCCAGGAACCAUCGUCGUGACGCACGCCACCGCCGCGAGAACCAGCGUGAUCAAGCCGGUCAAAAUGCUGCCGGCAAUGGGGCUAGAGUAGCCGUUCCUGAGGUCCAACAGGUGGCCCAAAGACGGAAUGAUGCUGCUCAGGGUCAGCAGGAGUGUCCUUUGCCAGCGGUGCCUUUGUCGAUCCACCACCAUCAGCAUGAUGAUAAGCAUUUCCACGGAGACCAUUUCCAUGACCACCUCCAUGAGGGCGACCACAUCGUGGACCGCCCUGACCCCAACAAUGAUCGAACUGUUCAGAACGAUGCUCGUCAUCAGCAUAACAACCACAAUCAUCACCACCAUCGACACCAUCACCACCGUCAUCACCGCUUCAACCGCUCCCACCGCACUAAUCGGGUCAUCAUCCCCCAAGAUCCCCUUGCCGAGUUUGAGAGACUGUUCAGAUCCCCGUCACCCCGGCUCCCGGACAUCACCCAGGCAGAUCUCGAGGCCAUUCUCAACGGUCUGGACAUUCCGCUGCCGAAUGAUGCCGCGCAGAGGAAUGCAAAUGCUCAGGAACAGGGGGGCGCACGUCGUGAUGAUGAGUCGAUCAUGCCCCCUCUGCCGCCCCCUCAGCAUGUUCCCCUUCUUUUGCCUUGGAAUGCCUAG